GACGCGACGCGACAGAUGGCGGUUUUAAAUAUGUAUUUGGCAUUUUGCGCUCGUUAUACCCAGUUGCAGACUCUGGAGGAGUUCACAGAUGGGCUUGUGUUCUCUGAUGGACGGAAGCCGGCUCUGCUGGAGGAAAGAGACGGAGCGCGGUUUAAAAAUCUCGUCAGAGGACUGAUGAUAUGCGCGUUCACGGCACCACAGCAGCAGCGCGUGCCCGCACAGCUCAGCACGCUUCCGGAGGUUCUGGCGUUCACCCUAAACCACAUUAAACGGAAGAAGCUGAGGAACGUCCUGGGAUUCGGCUAUCAGUGCAAUGACGUGACGGCCUGUUCGGAUCCGUUCCGGUUCCACGGAGACGUUUCGCAGACGGCGGCGUACAUCAGCACUAGCGAGCUGUGGAAGCGGAUCAACCAGCGUCUGGGAACCGAGGUCACGCGGCACCUGCUACAGGACUGCGCCGUGUUCGCUACCGUCCCGCCCGCGUGUUUGCUUCAGGUGUGCGGAGAGCCCGUGUACGACCGGCUAAUCCCGCGCGCAUGGUCCGGGUUUUCCCUCAGCCACGUCUCGGCUCAAACGCAGAAAAAUCCCGGUAUCCCGCGGAAAACGAUUGCAAGAGAUGCUAAGACGAGCACAAGAGAUGUUAAGAUGAGCGCAAGAGACGCUAAGACGAUCGCAAGAGAUGCUAAGACUUUCGCAAGAGAUGCUAAGACUUUCGCAAGAGAUGCUAAGACUUUUGCAAGAGACGCUAAGACGAGCUCAAGAGACGCUAAGACGAGCGCAACAGACGCUAAGACGAUCCCAACAGACGCUAAGAGGAGCGCAACAGACGCUAAGACGGUCACAACAGACGCUAAGACGAGCGCAACAGACGCUAAGACGAGCGCAACAGACGCUAAGACGAGCGCAACAGACGCUAAGACGAGCGCAAGAGACGCUAAGACGAGUGCAAGAGACGCUAAGAUGAGCGCAACAGAGGCUAAGACGAGCGCAACAGACGCUAAGACGAGCGCAAGAGACGCUAAGACGAGCGCAAGAGACGCUAAGACGAGCGCAACAGACGCUAAGACGAGCGCAACAGACGCUAAGACGAGCGCAAGAGACGCUAAGACGAGCACAACAGAGGCUAAGACGAGUGCAACAGACGCUAAGACGAUCCCAACAGACGCUAAGACGAUCCCAACAGACGCUAAGACGGUCACAACAGAUGCUAAGACGUUAACAGACUCGAAAAAGAGAGCAAGAGAUGACGAGAAGCACGAUAAACAUCCUGUUAUGAAGAAGCGAAAAGUGAUUACGGAUGAAUCCGACGGGCCGCCGACCGCAAAUCACGGAUCUCGGAGCUGGAAACCCGCGGAGCAACGCCCUCCUCGACCGUCACACUGCUCGAUACGCGUUCUAAGCAUGCUUUAUAAUGGGCGGGGCAUGAAGAGCUUCCUGCUCAACAGGAAACUGAAAGAUGUGGGCGGGGCUAGACGUCUGCAAGGGGUGGAUCUCGUUCGGAUGAUUUUCCUCCAAUCAGAGUUUAACACGCAGGGUAAACCGAAGAAACUUCCAAAGCGCUUCUUCGCGAUGGUUCCCCUGUUUAGUCGACUCUUACGCCAGCACAGGAAGUGCCCGUACGGCUUGUUCCUGAACAGGAAGUGCUCGGAAACUCAAGACGCGCAAGACAUGGAGUCGUUGCUCAAAUCGCAUUUCUCCGCGUACAGGGUGUAUCUGUUUGUGAGGGAAUGUUUGCUUUACGUUGUUCCUGAGGAACUUUGGGGAACCCAGGAAAAUCGGCUUCACUUCCUGUCCAAUGUGAAGAACUUCCUGCGUCUUGGGAAAUUUGAGCGCCUCCCGUUGGACCAGCUGAUGUGGAAGAUGAAGGUUAAGGCCUGCCAUUGGCUGGGACUCAAGAAACGUCACUGCGCCAGUGAGCAUCGCUACAGGGAGUGGAUCUGCGCUCAGUUCCUGGCCUGGACGCUCAGUGGGCUCGUGGUGGGCCUGGUGCGAGCGCUCUUCUACGUCACCGAGAGCAUGGGACAGAAGCACGCACUGCGCUUCUACAGGGCUGAGGUCUGGAGCAAACUGCAGGACAGGGCCUUCAGUGUUCAUCUGUCUAAGGGCCAGUGGAGGGCCCUGUCUCCGUCUCAGGCCCUGAAGUUCCCGAAGACCACGGUAACAUCCCGAAUCCGGUUCAUCCCGAAGGUGAGCAGCAUGAGGCCCAUCACUCGACUCACGGGGAGCAGAGAGUCCCUGCAGCAUUUCCAGAGUUGCGUGCGGGUCCUGCUGAACGUGCUGAGUGUGUGUGUGCGCGAGGCCCCGGGGCCCAUGGGCUCCACCGUCUGGGGCUGGCAGGACAUUCACAGGGUCCUCAGAGGCUUCAGUCCCCAGCAGAAGAGCUCGCCACGACCUCUGUACUUCGUCAAGGUGGACGUGAGCGGGGCGUACGACAGUCUUCCUCACCACAAGCUGGUGGAGGUGUUGUCUGAAGUGUUGAGUCCGUUCGAGGAGCAGAGCUUCUUCUUGCGUCAGUACGCUCGCGUGUGGAACGACCCCAACCAGGGGCUCAAGAAACACUUCUGCACGAAGGCUGAGACGUCGGAGCCGCUGAACAUGAAGGGGUUUGUGGUGGAUGAGCAGGCUAACGGUUCCCUGCGCGACGCUAUCCUGGUGGAGCGGCACUCGUCUGAGGUCCGAGGUGGAGACGUGUUUCAGUUCUUCCAGAAGAUGUUGAGCAGCUACGUCAUCCAUCAUGACAAUCAGAUCUUCCGUCAGGUGUGUGGGAUUCCUCAGGGCUCGUCGGUGUCGGCUCUGCUGUGUAAUCUGUGUUACGGACACAUGGAGAACUCUCUGCUGAAGGGCAUCGCUAAAGGAGGGUGUCUUAUGAGGCUGGUUGAUGAUUUUUUGCUCAUCACUCCCCAUCUGAGUAAAGCCAGAGAGUUCCUAACGACGCUGUUGGCCGGCGUUCCCGAUUACGGCUGUAAGAUCAACCCUCAGAAAGUGGCGGUGAACUUCCCGGUGUGUGAGGAGUGGGUGUGUUCGGGUGUGAGUGUGUUCCCGCCCAGCUGUCUGUUCCCCUGGUGUGGUCUGCAGAUACACACACACACGCUGGACGUCUACAAGGACUUCUCACGGUAUGACGGCCUAUCACUGCGCUACAGCCUGACGCUAGGCUCCGCCCACUCUCCAGCCACGGUCAUGAAGAAGCUGCUGUCGGUCCUCAGUCUCAAGUGUACCGACAUCUUUCUGGACCUGCGGAUGAAUUCAGUGGAAGCCGUUUACAGGAGCUCAUAUAAGCUGAUCCUGCUGCAGGCGCUCAGGUUUCAUGCGUGUGUGAAGAGUUUGCCUUUGGGUCAGAAUGUGGAGACAAACCCGUCCUUCUUCCUGAAGAUGAUCUGGACGAUGGCUCGAGUCAUGAAUAAACUCAUCAGACACACAAACACAGGUCUGGUUCUGGGUUCGCUGGACGGUGGAGGCGUUCUCCAGUACGAGGCCGUUCAGAUGUUGUUCUGUGUGGCGUUUGAGGUCGUGUUCACACAGAAUCGCUGGGUUUAUCGCAGUCUGCUUCCUCCACUGCGCAAACGACGGAGGCGUCUUCAGCGUUUGCUCCACGGCAUCAGACUGGCUCGUGUUCGUCAGGCCUCGACUCCCAGAAUCCCUCAGGACUUCACAAGCAUCCGUGCGUAGAGCGUGAAGGCGACGCUGUGCUGAACGCUACACACACCUGAGCUGUGUGUCCAUGCUGACGGCUCGUCGUUAAACACUACACACACCUGAGCUGUGUGUCCAUGCUGACGGCUCGUCGUUAAACACUACACACACCUGAGCUGUGUGUACAUCGCAGCGAGAGAUAAGAGCGCUCAUGUUUGUGUGAUGUUUGCAUGUUCAUCUGUUUGUGCUUUAAAAUGUAUAUUUCAAUACAGAAAAUAAAACAAGCGAGUUAUAUUCAGGU